UCUCUCUCUCUCUCUCUCUCUCUUACCCCUACAGACAAGAGCUGGGCCCAACAUCAUGGCUGGCAAUACUGACAUCUCUUACAGCUUACAAGAGCACAUCACUCAGCUGCUGAAGCCCCAGAAGAUUCGUCUCAUGCGGCAUGUGCAACUAAACCAACCCAAGGGGAAGGCUGAGUGCAGGGUUCUGGUGAUGACUCUAUGGAGAGCUUAUGUUGUCCACAGCAAGCAACCUGUCAGGGUGGAAAGCUCCUUCAGCUAUUUAGAGAUUUAUGCCAUCAGCAUUGAGAGCCUUAAUCAGGUGGUGAUUGAGACGGACAGACAGACCUACUCUCUCAGUCUGACAUCUGUUGAGGACCUUGAGGCUAUGGUCAGUCAUGUGACAGCUUCUCUGAAGAAGAUCUUCCCUGAUUCAUCUCCAGGGAAGAUCCUGAAGAAGAUCCCUCCAGACCUGCAGGAGCGGCUGUGGAACCUGGCAACCCGGGUGGAGGAGCACCUGACUGUAACACUGGGACCAUGUGGAGGCUUCUCAGAGACGUAUGCUGCUCUAUGUGACUUCAAUGAAUUCCCCUGCAGAGAGGAGGUCCAAUGGGAUGUGGACAACAUUUACUAUGUCCAGAAUUGUCGGGAAUUCAACCUCCUGGAUUUCAGUCAUCUGGAAAACAGAGACUUGGCCUUAUCAGUGGCCGCCCUCUCCUUCAACCAAUGGUUCACCAAGAUCUCCAGCAAAGACCUCAAACUGAGCGCAGAGGUCCAAGAGCAGGUUCUCUUCAUGAUCAACAGAUCCUCCACCUUGGAGGAGGUGUGUCUAGAGGGAAGCGGCCUCAAACUGGAUUUUGCGGUGAAGAUGGCCUGUGCCCUGCGAGAUCACACCCGCUCCGCCAUCCACACCAUCAACCUUUCAGCCAAUCACAUAGAGGACAAAGGUGUGAUAGCUCUCAGUCAGGAACUGGAGAAUCUGCCCAAUGGUCUCACCCAGCUGUCCCUCUCCAGGAUUAGUGUCUCUCCCAAAGGUCUAGGUAGUCUGGCUCAGGCGUUCUCUCAGAACAAGGCGUUCUCCAGCUCUCUGUGUCACCUGGACCUGUCAGGGAAUACAGGCAGUCUGGCUACAGAGGAAGCUGUGAACCUGUUUAAGUUCCUGUCUGGGACCAACGCUGUAUCGUACCUGGACCUGAGUGGCACAGACUGCCCUCUGGACGCUCUGUUUGUGUCUCUGUCAGCAGGCUGCUGCUCCAAGCUGGCCCACCUCAACCUGUCCAGAAACCCCUUCUCCCACAGGAAGGCGAGGGAAGUGACGCGGACUGUAAAGGAAGUCUUCAGUAAGAGCAAUGAGCUCAGAUACGUGGGAUUGGCAGGAACCAAACUACCCCCAGAGGCUCUCAGAUUGUUGUUGCAGGGUCUGGCCACAAAUACCCAUCUGUGUGGGCUGGAGCUAGACCUGAGCGGCUGUGAGCUGAGGUCUGCUGGGGCCCAGGUGAUUCAGGAGCACAUAUUUGAAGCAAAGGCCAUCAGCAGUCUGGACCUUUCUGACAAUGGUUUUGAGAGUGACAUGGUCACCUUGGUGCUGUCCAUCGGUCGCAGUCACUCCAUCCGCCAUCUGGCUUUGGGACGCAACUUUACCAUGAAGUCCAGAGCUCUAACAGAUGUCCUACAGCGUAUCGUCCAGCUCAUUCAGGAGGAGGAGUGUCCCCUGGAGUCGCUGUCAGUGUGUGACUCCAAGCUGAAGACAGGCACCACCAUCCUCAUCAACAGCCUGGGCAGCAAUGCCAGCCUCACUAAGAUAGACAUCAGUGGCAACUGCAUCGGAGACACUGGAGCCAAGAUGCUGGCCAAGGCCUUACUCAUCAACACUAAACUCCGGACGCUGGUCUGGGACAGGAACAAUGUGACAGCCAAGGGAUUUCUGGAUGUGGCCAACGCUCUAGAGAGGAACUUCACACUGCAGCACAUAUCCAUCCCCAUGAAUGACGUCACACACGGGUAUCGUAACAGUCCUGAGAAGACAGAGGAGGCUCUGCAGAAGAUCCAGGCGUGUCUGAUCAGGAACAGCCAGAGACAGUCUGGAGGCCCAGACCAGAUACUAAACCUCCAACAGGGCCUGAAGACCGUACGCUCUGAACAGAUGGUUCAAGGUCUGUGUCAGAGGUUACAGGAGAGUGUCCGACCUUUAGCCCCCUGCAAUAUACAGGAAGUGCAGUCAGACAUAUUGGCUGCAGAAGAAGUGCUUCAUAAUGCUAAGACCUCCAUUACGCUAUUGCCUUCACUUUAUGAGCUGGGGAAGACACCCUCUAGUGGUGCAAUGCUGCAACAUAUACUGAAUGACACGGCCAAAACAGUCACCAACGAAAUAACAGAGGAGAUUCAGGAGCUGGCCCAGGCCUUGUUGCAGUCAGCCCAGACCCUCUGUCCUAGGGUCACCCACAGGUCAAGUGUCUGUGAGCAGCUGGCUGACUGUGUAGCUAAGAAGUCCAGACAGACAGCCCUGUUCAUCCAGGACACCUUCAUGCAGCACAUAGGAGAGCUCAUCAGUAACAAACUCAGUGAACUCAAACUGUCAGUUAGUGUCUCCUUGGUGGAAAGUAUCGUUGACGAGGUUCUGCAGGACUUGUCUGUGGCUCAGCAGAAAUUGGACCGUCAUAUGAGGGAGCAGACCAGCUCUGGACUCAAAACCAACGUCCCUCAUCUACGAGUGGUAGAUCAUGAUUUCCCCAUGGAUGAUUAUGUUCCUGUCAUUUGGAGGAGAAGCUUCCACUCCAAGAGUAUCCGUCCAGCCCCCUCAGUGAAAAGUCUCCUGGAUGUGGACACAGAGCAGCAGGCAAGAGAGAGCAUGCAUUAUCAGCAGGAAGGAGCAGGGGUAGGAGGGAAGGUGCGGGCGCUGUCGUCGACAACGACUCUGUCAGUCACAGUGGUAGGCCAGCUGAAACCCGAAGGCCCCUCCCACACAGGGAGAGAGGCGGAUGCUGCCGCUGCUGCGGCUCUUAGCAACAGUGAGCCCCGGCGCCCUGAGCCCGCACCUCCUCAGCCCCCUAUGGACCUGCCCAUCGAUGGCCACACACUGAGGCACUACACCCGCUCCAGGCCCAGACCCAACCGCCGGAACAGCAAGCCGCCCACCAAGCCCCAGGAGCAGGCAGCUGAGAGUGAAGAGAAUGAAGCCAAUGAGACCAUUGGUAGGGUGGAUGAGGGAGUAGAGGAGUUUUUCACUAAGAAGAUCAUCCCUGAUGACCCUCUAAAAGCGCAGAGGGAGGAGAUCCCUGACAAAGCACAACCCACAGAGUCGACCUCCACCACCCCUGCCCCACCCAGCACACCUGCCCCGGCACCGCCCUCCACCACCACCACCACCUCCUCUAGCACCUCUUCCUCCUCCACGACUGUAACAACCACCCCUUCCUCCGCCCCCUCCAAAAAAAUCAAGAAGAGGUUUGGGGACUUCUUCGCCUUCAAGAAAGGCCGUGCUGGCCAGGGGGCGAAGGGCGAGGUCAAAAAGACCUCCAUUGCCGAUCUAAUCAGACCACUCAGGGAGGCAAAAGAGAAGGAAAAAGAGAGGGAACGAGAGAAAAAGGGGAAAUUGGAAGAGGAGAGUGGUGCUAAGGCCACCAGUGUUAAUGAUUCUGAUGCCACCACAACAGUAAGAGCAGCAGAGGACAACACCAUGGCCCCCGCCACUCCCUCUGAAGUCCCCACCGCCUCCCUGCCCACCAGUGCCCACGCCCAAGAGGAGGUGUCCCCCAGCCCCGUCAUCAGCCCUAUCGGAGGGUUCCUGACGGAGAAGGAGAAGAGCAGGACCCCAGAUGGAGAGAGGAGGCUGAAGGCCACACGGCGCACCCUCAGGGACGGCAAGUCCCAGUCCCUCAUCCUGCUGACAGGCCUGGAGGAUGGCACUGCCACACAUGGAAAGAAACACGCAUCUGAGAGCACAUCCAGCCUUGAGCAGCGCCUCCACGUCAUGCUCCACCGCAUGGGGGUGGCCAAGACACCUCCUGCAGACACAAAGACCAGCCAGAACAAAGAAGAGGAGCUGAGGAAAGCCAACUCCGAGGGUGCAAUUCUUGACAAAAAAACGGAACCUCCACCCACGUUCAUGAAGCCUCGCACUAUGUCCACAUCAGCUUCAGACACCAGGCGGCCAAUCAGAGCAGGCGUAACACCUCUGGAGGCUAUCCGAACAGAUAAGCCCCUCCUCCCAGGACGUCACAUCGGCCCCCUCCCUCCCAAGCCCACAGUGGCAGCCAAACCCCCUCUCCCAGCCCCCCAGCAGCACCCUGCUGCCGCUAGGACGUCCCUGGGGUUUCCCCAGCAGCCAAGCAAAGCCACAGGCCCGGAGAACCAGCCAACAAAGCCAGAGCCCUCCCAGACCCACCCCCAGCAGAGGGAACCCCCCUGCCCCUCCCCCCGCAAGGAGACUCCCCCUGCCCCAUCGCCACGCAGGGGACCCUCUGCCCUGGAGAGCAGGGAGCGCUCUGAGAGAGCACAAUCAGUUACUGAAGAGAGCCUUCCUAAACCCCGGCCCCGCAUGAAGCCCUCUCCCCAGCGGAGAGCUGUGUCUGUCUACGAGGACUCUCUCCUCCGAGAACAUGCUGCUCUGCUGGACCCCGAAGAGCUGAAGGCAGCAUUGCCUCGGUUGCAGAGGUCACCAGUCCAGAAACGUGCCAACCUUGGGGAGCUCCCUACCUGUAGUGAGGACCAGCCUGAGGGGAAGGAGGCAGGUGAAGCAGAGGAGAAGGAGAGGACUGGCGAGGGUGAGGAGAUGGACAGCUGGCCAGUAACAGAGGACAAGCCAGGGCCAAGCCCAGUGGGGGCCAGUCAGGGAGAGAGCACAGCAGAGAAGAGGGGAGAGACUGUCUCACAGCAGCACACAGCACAGGCAGAAACAUCAGACCAAAGAACUGAACCCCCCUUACCGGAGACACACAUGGAUUGACCUGCGCAUAGUCUAUUUUCUAUCAUGUCUACCUUUGCCUUGCACGCCAGAUUAUUUAAAAAAGAAAAUAAUUAUAAACAAAAUGUUUUAAAAAUAGUAAAUCCAUACCUAUACUUGUUAAUUAUUAAAAAGUUGAUUCUGAAGUGUCA